GAGAGAGUGAAAGGUCGAACAAUGCAAAGAAAGGUAGAGACGAUCUAUUUCACGUGUGAGGCUUCGAUCUAUUCCGUUACUGCGAAUCCGUAGGUUGAAUACCUUCCUCCCUGUCGCAACCAACAUACACAUCACUCGGAAUAUGAAUACAUCUAGAAAGAAUACCGCCGACAUAUCGGCUGCCCAAAAACACCUGCAGGCUGUAUCGACUACCCUCUUGUCGACAUCACCACACGCAUCGGCCUUUCUGGCUUCCCAACUCCAACGAGCUGUCCCUAUAUUGUCGCAUUCCACCUCUGCACCGGAUAACUGUCGCGCCUGUGGUCAUUGCCUAAUUCCCGGUUGGUCCUGCUCUAUCUCAAGAAGGAAACUACCGGAACUCUCUACAAAGAAGCCAAAACACGGGCCAAAAGUCGCAAAGAAGCCUGCCACGCCUCAGCUCACCUACAUCGACUACAAAUGCUCCCUAUGUAAUGGAGUCAACACGUUCAGAUCAGACACACAAGCUCCUACUAGACGAUCCAAAGUGUCGAGAUCAGCUGUCGAGUCAAAAUCCGGUGCUGUUCCUUCUUUAGUGUCAAACGAUACAGCAACCAUCGCAAAGUCAGCACUUCUACCGACAGCGACACCAAGUCCUGUCCCUUCUUCUGCCAUAUCCUCAUCCUCGGAACAAGCACGUGGCGGUGUGGACAAGAAGAAAAAUCGCAAGCAGAAACUCGGCGGUCUUCAAGCUAUGCUGGCCAAAUCAAAGGCCCCAGCGUCAGCACCCAAGGCUUUUGAUUUCAUGGACUUCAUGAAGACGACAUGAAGCACUGUGGAACGACUAUCACGAAGCAUGACCUGGACCUAGCAAGUAAUGACGAGCUGCUGGAAGCCACACUCAUUUCUCAUAUCGAUCUGCUUGCAGCAGGGCUGCGAUGUAGAGACCCAUCUUGGUAUAUUCGCUUCGGCUUCAGAUUCAGAGACGUUCGUGCCUUGUGACAGCUGCAUAGUGUGACAGUCUACCGCACACUGGGAGCACGUCUAAGGGACAAUCAUCUCAUCAGUAAAAUCACUGACGUAGCUUAUCG